AUGGAGAGGACCAUCCCAGACGGCAGCCACUAUCGGCAUCUCGGCCAGUGCGUGGCUGGAGACUCGUCCCUCCACCCACCUGAUGAAUCCAUUCCCAGGAACCAUUCAGGCAGACCUCCACCGGGGCUGCAUUCCCAUUCCAAACUACGCCUGACAGGAUCCAUCAGCUUGGUGCAGCAGCCAGAUUAUGUGGUUGAUAGGCAUUAUAGGAGUGAGAGGAGCAGACUUCAGAUCGCUUUAAUGGAGCAGUUGCCAGUUGGACACCUGGCUACUGCGGUGAUGCCCCAUGAUCUUCAAAUGGCACUAUUACAGCAGAGUCCCUUCGUCCCUGUGUGGUUGUUCAUCGUGCCUCACGGCCAACCGUACAGGGAGCAGCAGCAGAACAACAACAUCAACAAAAACAAGAACAACAACAACAACAUCAACAAAAAGAACAACAACAUCAACAAAAAGAACAACAACAACAUCAACAAAAAGAACAACAACAUCAACAAAAAGAACAACAACAACAUCAACAAAAACAAGAACAACAACAUCAACAAGAACAACAACAACAUCAACAAAAACAAGAACAACAACAACAUCAACAAAAACAAGAACGAGAACAACAACAACAUCAACAAAAACAAGAACAACAACAACAUCAACAAAAACAAGAACGAGAACAACAACAACAUCAACAAAAACAAGAACAACAACAACAUCAACAAAAACAAGAACAAUAACAACAUCAACAAAAACAAGAACAAUAACAACAUCAACAAAAACAAGAACAACAACAACAAGAACAACAACAACAUCAGCAAAAACAAGAACAACAACAACAUCAGCAAAAACAAGAACAACAACAACAUCAGCAAAAACAAGAACAACAACAACAUCAGCAAAAACAAGAACAACAACAACAUCAGCAAAAACAACAACAACAAUAUCAACAAAAACAACAACAACAACAUCAACAAAAACAACAACAACAACAUUAACAAAAACAACAACAACAACAACAUCAACAAAAACAAGAACGAGAACAACAACAACAUCAACAAAAACAAGAACGAGAACAACAACAACAUCAACAAAAACAAGAACGAGAACAACAACAUCAACAAAAACAAGAACGAGAACAACAACAACAUCAACAAAAACAAGAACAACAACAACAUCAACAAAAACAAGAACGAGAACAACAACAACAUCAACAAAAACAAGAACGAGAACAACAACAACAUCAACAAAAACAAGAACAACAACAACAUCAACAAAAACAAGAACGAGAAAAACAACAACAUCAACAAAAACAAGAACGAG